AUGAUUGCUAGUACAUUAACACGUAAUUUAGUUAAUCCUGUAUGGCUUAAUGCAAAUACAACAUUAACUAAUUAUCAUCAAUCAUAUUCAACAAUUAAAAAAGAAGCUGCAACACAAACAUAUAGAAUUUAUUAUCCAAGUGCAAAAGAUAUUGAUUUAAUUAUAACACAAAAUAAAAAAUUAUUAGCUGAAAAAGAAUUGAAAGAAUAUCAUCCAAUAUUAACAUCUACAAGUCCAGGAAAAGGAUAUUGGCGACAACAGUUAGAUCAUAUUUGUGCUCAUUUAAAAACUUAUGCAGUUAAUCGACCAGAUUUUCAAUCAUUGAUUGGUGAGCCACGUAUGGGUAAUAUGAUUCAUGCAACUGUACAUGAAAAUGAAUAUCAAGUAACUAUACAAACAGUAUUUCGUAAACCAGAAAAUCUUUCACAAUCACCAUUUUUUAUUAAUGAAACAAAUGAAUAUUAUCCAAUAAAUAGUGAACGAAGUUCACCAUAUUCAAAUACAAUUUAUUCUGAUAGUGGGCAAAACCGAGAUAUACGUGAAAUAAAAACUGUUACAACAUUUUGGACACCAGGUAUUGUAGUAAAAAAAAUGUCACUUUUUUUCUAA